UCUACGCGUUUCUCAACUGCUGCUACAUGUGAACCGCACUUCUAUACACGCAACCAUAUAAGGCACCGGAAAGUGAGUGCCACCAGAAAAUUGAGUGCCGAAAACUUCCUGAUGCGGAACCGCGUCGACUGCCGAUGGGACGUGGCUGCAGUGGCACUGGUGGCUAAUCUUUUUGCGUCAGCCACCAAUAGAGGCAUGGGUUGGUUCUACGUGGCCUUUAUUGAGGAGUUCAGCGUGGAUCGCCAGACCGCCUCGUGGCCAGGCUCCAUCUUGUUGGCCUGCUACCGAUCCUCCGGUAUGCUGGUCGCUGUACUGCACAAGCGCAUUUCACUGUUUUGGAUUGGUCUUGUGGGCAGCGUUUUCCUCUGGGGAGGUAUGAUGGCGUCUGCGUUUGCCCCAAGCAUUGCCUGGAUCUCCUUUACUAUGGGAUUUGUACAUGGUUAUUUCCGGGACAAAAUGGGCUCCUAUGACAACCUCUACCGCAUCGUGGCCGGACUUUUUUGCGGCGCUGGACUUGUUCUUUUUGUCUAUUUAUUUCGCUCUAGCAGGUCGAGAAGGACAACCAUGAAAAGCAGUACGGGUGCAUUGUGAGACUACAAACAGUGCAACUAGAAAUUAUCGGGAGCUAUAUACUGCUACCAUUUAGAGAUGUCGCAUAGAGUGAAAACGCCAGGUGCGUUACAAGUAACAUCAGAUGUCACAGUGCUCAAGACAUGCAAAAGAUCGCAUGCAUAUUGCCACUGAUCGUAGCAACUUCUGCUGUUACACUUAUUGCUAACACCUGUACUUCAGCCAAAGAAAUGCUUCAGAGUCAACUGGUUUCUCGAAGCAUCACUUUCUGCAUUGUUAAUCUGGUGCCAUUCACCACCAAA